UGUUUUGUGGAAGAUAUUAGUUUACAAAUUGUAGGAAGAUAUUGCUAAUUCACCUCGUUGUUUACCAUCAUCAAAGCUGUGUAACUUUUUCUUUGGUCAUCAUGUGCAUACAGAGGCCCACUCUUUGGGUAGUUUCUUCCCUUGUACCAAUUGUAGGGGGAGUGGCAUUGGCAUCAUUCACCGAGGCAUCUUUCAAUUGGAUAGGUUUCAGUAGUGCAAUGGCUUCCAAUUUGACCAACCAAUCACGCAAUGUACUUAGUAAAAAGUUCAUGGUCAAUAAAGAGGAAGCUUUGGACAACAUCAAUCUCUUCUCAAUCAUAACAAUUAUCUCUUUUGUAUUGCUGGCCCCUAUUGCUAUUCUCAUGGAAGGCGUGAAGUUUAGUCCAUCAUACGUGCAGUUCGCUGCAAGUCAAGGGUUGAAUGUUAGAGAGUUGUGUGUGAGAGCUCUCCUGGCUAGUUUUUGCUUCCAUACUUACGAACAGGUUUCUUAUAUGAUAUUACAAAUGGUGGCACCGGUAACCCAUGCAGUGGGAAACUGUGUGAAGCGAGUUGUGGUCAUUGUGUCCUUUGUUAUUUUCUUCCAGACACCUGUUUCUCCUAUUAACGGUCUCCUUUUAAUUGCAAGAACUGUUGUGGCGCUUGCUGGUGUCUUCUUGUAUUCAAGAGCGAAGCGCAUAAAACCAAAGGUUACAUGA